AUGGCCGAGAUCCCAACCCUGGUCCCGCUCCACUGCGCGUUCUGCCUCAAGCACCUGCCGAUGGACGGCGCCCCCACCAUCUUCCCAUGCGCCCGGUGCUUGACGCCGUACUGCUCCGUCGACUGCCGUGCGAAGGACAAGACCGAGGGGUGUCGUCUGCGCUGGAACGAAGCCGCGCUCGACGAGGAAACCGGUGAAUGCGUGCGCCCCGCUCGGACGAGACACAUGGACAUCUGUGGCGACAUAGCGCGCGUCGGCCUGGAGCAGCACUACGCGAACGUCGAAGCAAAGCAGGAGGGGCUGGCCGCCGUGCGUUCGAACUCAUUUGAAAUAGCGCGGGCGACGCAAGAUCUAGACGAACCGCCCACGUGCUACAUUUGCCUCGAGGGCGGCGACGGCCUCGUGCGCGAGUGUAACUGCCGCGGGAACACGGGCUUUGCGCACCUCGAGUGCUUGAUUCAAUAUGCGAAGACGCUGACGCCCCAGAACUCCUUCUCGUUCCGGUGGCACUCGUGCCGAAAUUGUCGAUCCAGCUUCACGGGGACGACGCGACUCGCGCUCGCCCGUGAGUGCUGGAAAACUUACUGCUCCGAGCCCGAGGACGACUGGCGACGCAUGUGGGCCCUGGAUACGCUGGUGACGCCGCUGUCGGAGGAGCUUUACUGCUAUCCCGAAGCUUUACGCGCGGCCGAGGCGCAUCUGGCGACGCUGCAGAAGCACUUUAGCCACGAAGACCCCACCGGCGACAGAGUCACGGCCGCCAAAGUAAAGCUCAUCAUGUGUCACACGAAGCUCGGGCGGCACGAUGAGGCGUUACAACUGGCCGAAGAAGUCUACGCCCACAACAUGAGCCAGUACGGUCCGGACCAUAGAAGCACGCUGAACGCAGUCAACAACUUGACGGUGGGUCUUGCUGGCUGCGGGUUCGAGGUGCGGCGCCGGACGCUCCUACGGGACGCCUACGAAAGGGCGACGCACCUUCUUGGAGCCGAAGACGAUACGACCUACAAUCUCCGGAACGGCCUCGCGUCGUCGCUGUACCGCGCCGGCGACGCUCCCCGCGAGGAUAUGGUCGAGGCUGCUUCGUUACUGGUGAUAUCGGUGCGGGUCGCGCGGCAGACCUACGGUAGCGGGCACGAGAUAACCACGAUCGCGGUCCGUUUCCGCGAUCGUGUGUCGAGCUCAAUCGCCGCGUUUGAUCGCGAUUCGGCCUCCCAGCGGCCGAUGAAAAGACGGCGUCUACGACUGCGCGACGUCGAUCGCCGCGCCGAAUUAGCGAAUGCGGCACCUGUUCUGAAUGAAAAGCGCAUCAGCCGCGCGGGACAGCGGGAUACCCACGCGUGGGCCGAUUAUUACGGCAAGGGUCUCACGACGUUGGGGCAGCAUGUCGAGGACGACAAGGGGGCGUCGCGACCACCACCGGCUCACCGCCCCCCUCUCAUCGACGAGGACGGGUACGUGCCGCCGCCGCCGCCGCCAAAGCAAUCCCGCUGCGCCGUCUCUUAG